AUGUCAACAACCCUAACUUUCUUCUCCCUUUUGGUAAGAGACAUAUACUGUAUCAAUAUACCAGUACUCAGCUGACCACGGCGGCUGGAGCAAAGACCCUCUUCUACGUUCAAGUCCACUUUUUUAUGGAAGUCUCGGUGCCGGCCAUGCGGAACACUACCGCCAGCGUACAGGAUUGCGUUGACUUGGCCGCGCAGCGCGAUGAUGUAAAGGUCAUAAUGUACAAGGGAACGACGUGCUACGGGUAUACCGGUAUUGGUGGGUAUACGUACAGGAGCGAAAAGGGCUACGGUUACGUACGCAUGGAGGGAUGCUUGAAAACGUCGACGAUUAAUACUGAACGGCUCUUGGUGGAUGUUAGUAAGUGCAGUGAAACUUGAGACCAAAAAGACAAAAAGAAGCUGUCGAUAACGCAUCGCGACUUUUCGGGUCGACGACAGUUUGGGUCUACACGAAAUCGAUCGAUACGAGGUGCAGGGCAGGUGGAGGCUCAAAAAAAAAGAUUUUAGGAGGUACCUACGAGGCCUGGAAUAGCCGUUGGAUACUCGGCGAAGGCUUGGGGGAGAAGGCUUGCAAUAAGAUGACUUUUCUAAUUUUAACUCUUAACUAUACUAAUAUAUUAGUCGGUAAAAAAACAUUCCCAUAAUUUUCGGGAAAAGUUAUGAAAGUUGUGUAACUUUCUGGAAACUUCUAUCAUGUGACUAUGUAAGGGUGAUAUGAUAACAUGCAGGCUGACAUGUAACUUGUCCCCGUAGCGCCGGCCAAACGUGGGAGAAUGUCCGUCCCAAAGUUGCUUAUUCGAUGCGCCAAACUUUACAACUAUCGCAAAAGAUAUUUCUAAAAAAACGCAGACCUCUAAGUUGUAUCUCGAUAUUAUUGAUGUGAGUAAAUGUAAAAUACCUCAAAAUAGGCGAUAAGCUACCCUAGACCUGGCCAAUCUUAACAUUUCUACUAACUAAGCCUUCUCCUAGCCUCCCACAUGCAUACAACGGCAAAUCGAAGCACCCCAAAGUAUCGUCGACCCGAACUGUCGUUGACCCGAAAAGACGUAGCGCCGUCUAAUAACGAAUAACUUGAGAGUUAAACGCCAAUUCUAGGAGGCCAAAAGGAACUGCCUUGGACAAAACCUUUCUAUAACCAAUGAUUUUUUUGUCCUUUGCGAUUUGUUGUACAAGGUCGCCACAGUAUUUAUAUUGUAAAAAUGUCGUUCAUUUACAGUGUACGGAGAAAGUAUAUGCACAAAUGUCUCCGGGAAAUACCUACCUGCUCGUGUAAACACGACGUACGAUGUCAAUUCCGGUUAUUGUCAAGUUACGGUAAGUCGUGGUGGAAAGUAAGGGACAUAAUACAGUGAGGGACCUGAUCCAGUGGCAAAAAACGUAUCAUUUUGCAUCCGGGAAGUAUCAAAAAUAUGGCAAAAUGCCUCCCUCUCCAACUAAAAAACUCCUUUCCUAAAAAUAAAAUUUAAAAAUAAAAUUUGAGUUUUUUCACUUGGAGAGGGAGGUAUUUUGCUGCUUUUUUGAUACCUCCCGGCUGCAAAAUGGUACGUUUUUUGCCACUGGAUCAGGUCCCCCACUGUACGACAGGAGCCGUAUGUUAACGCCGACGGCUUCCCGAACUGGAUGGUUGGUCGAGUGGUUAACAAAACCAGCGGCAACAUGACGAAUUAUGUCAUGACUAGGGGACGUAAGUAUGGAAAUUUAAGGCAAAUGCUUACUUGGGCCGCUUCAGAAGUCACCAACAUUACACGAUACACAUGUCAACCGUAUGUUGGUCAACGUACCAUCUACAACAAUCGGACAUACUGCUUUAACGAAACAGACAGUUUUUCGUCAUCCGAGACAACUUCAAAAAAUUACUGUGCGGACGUUUUUGAUGGCGGCAAAACCGUCGAGUUUAUUCACCCACUCUUGUAUACGUAUGUAUUUGGUAAGUUCGCCAUCUUUACGCUAUAAUCGAUUGGUAGGCUAUCGCACAUGGCAAAAUGCCACAGCCUUUGCCGGAUUACUCAAGAAUGACCAGUCGGGAUAUAGCUUUGUUGGCUCCAGCUCAAGCGUUAACAUCACCUCCCUAAACUGGAAAUCAGGCUAUCCAAAGGGUGGGAAAUUUGUGAUGAUGAACUCGGAUUACGGUAGGGACUGAGACCAAGAGAUCAUGGAUUUUUAGAGCUCGAGGAUAUGAACGGCCCGUUCAAUUCGACCAUCAAGUGUAUGAGCGAUCCCGUCUUAAUUGGCAACUAA